AUGGCAGACAACUUGAGACCAAGAUCGACAGCGAUAAGAGCUUCUAGUUCUGGCACCGGCAUGCUUGACCAUAGGCAGAACACGACGAUUGGCAGAUCGCGCACACUCACUAAGCAUGAAAGAGCUCCCCCAGUUACCCCUUUGGUCAAGCCCGGUGGCCCUUCCAUCGAAAUGAACAAGGGUCCCUGGCAUUAUACAGCCAUCGCUCUCACUUUCUAUAUACCUGAUCCUCUGCUUAAGUUAUUCGUCCACACGCCAGCAAAGAGACAGGCAUGGCGUGAAAAGGUUUCACUUUGCUUGAUUUGCGCUUCCUUAGCUGCGAUCGUCGGCUUCAUAUGUAUGGGCGUUGAUAGAGUUCUUUGUCCGUCUUCGGAGGGAACUAUGGACACCAAAUUCGAAAGAGUCGGUAUGAAGUUUGGUACUGUCUCGAUUGCUGGGAAGAACUAUCUAACAGAAAAUGCAACUGCUCAUAAUCCUGAUUUCAAGGCCAUGGGCGAAGGCUCACCCGGUAUUGAUAUGACAAAUUACUUCCGUCGUGGUACCUUAGAAAACUGCAAUGAUGACAAAGCCCCGUACGCGACCAUCAACACCUGUUCUAAAGGUUCUGAAUGUUCAUUCGACCCUCCGACAGAGUCAGUCAUAUCCAGUCUUGGUCUGGUACCCGACCACACCCUUUCUGGCUACUCUUGGUCGAAUGUAACCGCCAAACGUAACAUGAUGGUCAUUGGAGGUACUGUACUUAAUUUGACACCAUAUUUGAAUCGCCAGAUGUCGCCGAUUCCUGAUGACCCUGUUGAUCAGGCUAUUCGUAAGGUCCUCUUUAAGGUUGAUACAAGUGGCGGCAAAGAUGCUACCAAAAUGUUCUACAAUACGAAAGAUUUGAAGGAUGCAGUCCCUUGUCUCCACGAGCGUUACAAAGCUGGACAAAUCGAUCACAUGUCCCCAGGCUGUUUCGCUUCCAAGUUAUUCCUCUACGCUGCACUCAUUAUUAUCCUUGGUGUCGUCUUGGCUCGUUUCAUUAUGGCUUGCCUGUUUAAUUGGUAUCUAGCCAAGAAGUUCACCGAGCCUCCAAAGAACAUGUCCAGAUCCGUUGUUUCACCAUCUGUUAUGCCUUCAGGUGCAAACAUCAGCGUUAACAACAAAAAAGGAACUGCACCCUGGGCUUCUGAUGGUGCUGAGCCAAAAUCAAGUAAGAAGGCUGCCAAGGAUGCCAAGUACCGCUCAUUGGUCCCAGAUGAUCCUAUCAUUUCGGCUGCACGUGUUGGUCCAGAGCUGUAUACAUGCUGCCUCAUUACAUGCUACUCUGAGGGCCAUGAUAGUAUUGCAACGACAGUGGAAUCAAUAUCCGCUAGUGACUACUCUGACCAGCGCAAACUCAUCUUCAUUGUCGCAGAUGGUAUGAUCACUGGGCACGGUGAAAAAAUGUCAACCCCUGAUAUUUGCGUCAGUAUGAUUGAGCCAGAUCCACGUUUCGGUAAUCCAAUGCCAAUGGCUUACUUGGCCGUUGGUGGUGGCAAGAAGCAGGAAAAUAGAGCUAUGAUUUAUGCUGGACAUUACAAAUCAAAGAAUGGUCACAGAACUCCUACAAUCGUGUUGGUAAAGUGCGGUACUGAAGAUGAGGCUGCCUCUGCUUCAAAGCCUGGAAACAGAGGAAAAAGAGAUUCUCAGAUAGUUCUCAUGAACUUCUUCUCUAGAGUUACAUACAACGAUCGUAUGACACCAUUAGAUUACGAUUUAUUCAGAAAGAUUCAUACUCUGAUGGGCGUUACGCCUGACUACUUUGAAACAAUAUUCAUGAUUGAUGCUGAUACCAAGAUUUUUCCUGACGCACUCACCAAGUUGAUUCUAUGCAUGCAGCACGAUAACUUGAUUAUGGGUGUUUGUGGUGAAACUAGAUUGGAAAACAAACGGGCUAGCUGGGUUACUUGGAUACAGGUAUUCGAGUACUACAUCUCCCAUCACAUGGUCAAAGCAUUCGAGAGUGUGUUCGGUGGUGUUACUUGUUUACCAGGUUGUUUCUCCAUGUAUCGUAUCAAGGCUAGACGUGAUGAGGAAGACGAUUGGGUACCACUCAUAGUAAAACCAGACAUAGUAGAGCAGUAUAGUCAAACAGACGUUCAAACUUUGCAUCAAAAGAAUCUUCUCUUACUUGGUGAAGACAGAUUCUUGUCAACAAUGAUGUUAAGAACCUUCCCUAACCGCAAAAUGAUGUUCUGUCCAUCUGCACGUUGUAGAACCAUCGCUCCGGACGAGUUCAAGGUUUUGCUAUCUCAGCGCCGUCGCUGGAUCAACUCAACUGUACAUAACUUGAUGGAGUUGGUAUUGGUUAGGAACUUAUGUGGUACCUUCUGCUUUUCGAUGCAGUUCGUGAUUCUCAUGGAUCUUAUCGGUACCGUCGUUCUUCCAAUCGCUAUCCUCCUCUCAUUGGCAUUAAUCAUCAACUCAAUUAUCACACCACCUACUCAAUUUGCUGAUGCAAUUCCACUCAUGAUGCUUUGUGCUGUUCUUGGUUUACCUGCAAUUCUCAUUCUUAUCACAAAUUUCAAGAUUGUCUACAUUGGUUGGAUGGUUAUCUACAUUAUCGCUCUGCCGAUAUGGAAUUUGGUGUUGCCUGUGUAUUCAUUCUGGCACUUUGAUGACUUUUCCUGGGGUGAAACUCGUAAAGUUGAAGGUGAAGCAAAGAGUGUGGCACAUGACGAUAAGGAAGAGUUGUUUACUGUGAAUAUACCAUUACGCAGGUGGGAAGAUUGGGAACGUUCUCGCUUGCGCAAAACGAAACGAGAGGAGAGGACACGAAAAGAAUAUGAAAAAGCAUUCGGUCAAAGAGCAUUCUACAACGAUCUCAAUCCACCAGAUUCGUUACAUCCAGAUUCAACAGACUACGCGGAGAGCGAUAACACAUCUCUUAGCUCAUACGGUGAAGAAGAUAAGUGGGGUGAAGAAAUUGGUAACUAUAAUGAGUUUAAUAGCGAACAUCCACCUCCAGCUUCAAGACUCACACCUGCACAUGAUCUGUUGAUGAAAGGUGGUGGAAGAGAGUAUGAUGCUAAUGCAAUGGAAGAAUUGCUCAACGAAGGUUUCGAUGAGAACAGGCCACAGUCUGUUUGGUUCUUGCCUUCGAGACAAUCUAUUGCAGGGAACGCCAUACCUGCAUUCGUACAAGAGCAGGAGAGAGAUGCAAGAAUGUCUAAAUUUAAAUCAGCGAUUAUAAACUCUGGUUCUGAAACGCCAGAUAGUUCAUCUUACUCAGUAGCAUCACCGUUUACACCAUCAGAAUCAUUCGAACCACUUGCGCAUACGUCAGCGUUCGAAUCAAUGAAUGGAGAACCAGGGCAUAUGAGGCAAAGAUCAGGAGGACAAACCUUAGGACAAAAUUCAUCAACAGCACCUAGAAACAUAAACAAGACAGAUAGAAACAUGGUCCACUUACUUCAACUCGCACUCUUUCUUAUGGGAACAACCGUUGCGCUGGCUCGUGAUUAUUCAAUUAACUGGCAAGACUGUUCAACUAAUGACAAAUACAAUGCACAAUGUGCAACUAUAGACACUCCUAUUGACCACGAUGACCCAUCAAUUGGAACGUUCGGGCUCUACGUAAAGAAAGUUUGGAACAAGAGCAACGAAAAUGCACUCAAGUCAAGACACGUACUUUUCAACGCUGGAGGACCCGCCAUAGCAUCAGCUAGCUCUGGAACCAGCGGAAUUGAAGCAUCUGCUGACUUAUUGUAUAAGCUCGUGCCAAAUGAUUAUAUCUUGGUCGGCGUCGAUCCACGUGGAUCUGGGGAAUCAGGUCUCAAGGUCAUGUGCAACACUAGUGACUCUGGCCCCAGAAACAAUUUCCCAGAUGUACCACCAAAGCUCGACGAAACAACCACUCCACUCUUCCGCACACAACUUCAAAACUAUUACGACGCGGAAAGGGAAUAUAUGCAGUCAUGUGUUGACAACACUCCCCACAUUGCCUAUCUCGGUACAUACUUCUCGGCAGAUGACAUGGUAUACGUUUUCGAUAAGCUGGUCGAGGCAUCUAACACGCCUGUUGACUUGUUCGCAGAAAGUUAUGGUUCGUUCUUGGGUUUGGGUAUUGCAGUGAAACACCCCAAUCGCGUCGGCAAAUUCCUCCUCAAUGGAAUCAUGUCUCCAAGCGUCAGAGCAAACACUGAUACCCUCGAUGCUAUCCCGUCAUACUUGACAUCGACCGAUAGCGUGUUUGACAAGAUGGUAGAGAGUUGCCAACAGACGGAAGAAUGUCCAUUUCAGGGUAUCACCAAGGAGUACAUUGACGCGCUUACUGCAAUGGCGUACGACAACAAUGAUCCGGUUAUCAACUCUAUCUACUCAACUCGUACGAGUGCAGUUGAAGAUAUCUACAGCGCACUCUACGUACCACCAACAUGGGGGACAGCAUUCAGCAGAAUCAAGCAGGCUGCCUCGCUUUUACCAUCUCCAUAUGGCCCUAAAGGUGGCAUUAGCAGCUCGAGAGGCGAUGCAAUCAAAGCUAUUAACUGCGCUGAUGUCCAGAUAGAAGAUUUCACAGUAGACGAUGCUAUAAAUGCAAUGAAAGACACCUACAACGAAGUUACUCAGCGCUUCUACAGCCAAUACUUAUACCAAUCAGGCUUCACGUGUCAAUUAUACCCCAAUGGCACAUUCGACCAGCCUCGCUUGACCGACUUCAGCGGCAUCGACUUUGCUAACAAGUUCUUGCUGGUUGCCAACGUUUACGAUCCAAUCCUGCCACUUGAGCAGGCUCACCAAUUCCAAGACUUGGUCGGCAAGAAGAACGCUGGACUGCUCACAAUCAAGAAUGGUUACGGUCACACCGCUACCCCUGGCAUUGCCAUACCAGACACAAUGGGUUGUAUGGAAAAGCACUCCAUGGGAUUCUUCAAUGGCAAGAAACCUAAAGAUUGCAGCUGCACCGUCAACGAAGAGCACUACGUCGAUGUAUACGACUGA